CUGACCUAUGGUGAGCUGACAGGAGGCGGUGUAGUGAGUGGUCGGAGCUGCUGCAGAAUGUUUGGAAAACUUUUCAUUUCGCUGUUAGUCCUCUUGGCUUUCCACCAUGACCUCACGGACGCCCAGAAGAAGAAGGAGACUCUACUGUCAGAGAAGGUGACUCAGAUGAUGGAGUGGGCCUCCAAACGUUCAGUCAUCAGGAUGAACGGAGAUAAGUUUCGUCGCUUCGUCAAGGCUCCUCCCAGAAACUACUCAGUGGUCAUCAUGUUCACAGCGCUGCAGCCACAGAGACAGUGUGGAGUCUGCAGACAAGCAGAUGAAGAGUUUCAGGUGCUGGCUAACUCCUGGCGUUAUUCCUCUGCCUUCACCAACAAAGUCUUCUUUGCAUCUGUUGAUUUUGAUGAAGGCUCAGACGUCUUUCAGAUGCUGAAUAUGAACUCUGCUCCAACAUUCCUCCACUUCCCGUCCAAAGGGAAACCUCGCAGGUCUGAUACCUACGAGCUGCAGGUCAGAGGCUUCGCAGCCGAACAGCUGGCCAGAUGGGUGGCAGACAGGACUGAUGUGCAGAUCCGAGUCAUCCGUCCUCCCAACUAUGCCGGGCCUCUGCUGCUGGGCUUCCUCCUGGCUGUGAUUGGAGGACUGGCGUAUCUACGAAGACACAAUCUGGAGUUUCUCUUCAACAAGAACGUCUGGGCCUUCUCUGCACUGUGCUUUGUCCUGAUCAUGACUUCAGGCCAGAUGUGGAACCACAUCAGAGGACCACCAUAUGCACACAAGAACCCCAGCACUGGACAAGUUAGUUACAUCCACGGCAGCAGUCAGGCUCAGUUUGUGGCUGAGACUCACAUCGUCCUGCUCUUCAAUGCUGCUGUUACCACGGGGAUCGUGCUGCUGUGUGAGGCUGCCACCUCUGACAUAGACAUUGGAAAGAGGAAGAUCAUGUGUGUAGCAGGUAUUGGUCUGGUGAUGCUGUUCUUCAGCUGUCUGCUGUCCAUUUUCAGAGCUAAGUACCAUGGGUAUCCAUACAGCUUCCUGAUAAGUUAGAGCUGACCAUGUCAACAUGAAGUCCUGUCAACAAACAGGGUGGUGUCCAUGGCGAUGAUGCCACAUGACUGUUUGCUACGCCAUGAUUUGUCUUCUGAUCUGCGAGUCGAGAGUGUGUAUCAACACACACAAACACACACUGUGCCUUCACAACAGCAGGACCCUCAUCAUCGGUGUGCAUCCUGAACUGCCUCGUGCCAAAAUCUGUUUUGUACCUUAGAAUCUGACUAAAUCUGAAUUUCUUUAAUCAGUUGAUUGGUAAUAAUCAGGGACUAAAUCCAGUGAGCAUUUUAACUGUUGGGACCAUAGUGAGGUUCUGGCCUCAGUUGUGUGUGUGUGUGUGUGUGUGUGUGUGUGUGUGUGAGAGAGAGAGAGAGUAUAUGUGCUUUAAAUGCUACAUAGUGAGAACAGAGUGAGGACAUGUUGGCCGGUCCUCAACACUUCUUGGAUUUAGGGGGAGGGGUCAGGGGUUCAGUUGUUAUGGUUAAAGUUGGGGUAAGGAGCUAGGGAAUACAUUAUGUCAACCAAUGUCCUCACAAAGGUAGAAGUGUGUGUUUGUGUGUGAGUGGGGGGGGGGGUGAAAAGGGACACAGAGGAUGAGAUGCAUGUACAUACACUUGUUGGAUUAUUUACUAAAAGCGCCACAUGUGUUUGUGUACACAUCCUGCGACUGCAGUUGCACACACAAAUAUGCAUGUGCAUGUGUGACUCUCAUCAAAGUACAUGCACUAAAGUGUUUCUUAAAGAGUCAAAUCCUUUUUGUUGAACCAGAAACAGCUGUUUUAUUGCUCUGUUCAGAGUCACCAGACUCCACUGACAAAAAUAGAAAUUUUGUUGUGCAUUGCUGACUUAAGUGCAUCUCAUCCUCCUUGUCUGUUCUCACCCCGUGUGUGUGUGUGUGUGUGUGUGUGUGUGUGUGUGUGUGUGUGUGUGUGUGUGUGUGUGUGUGUGUGUGUGUGUGUGUGUGUGUGUGUGUGUGUGUGUGUGUGUGUGUUGCUCUUUGAGCUGUGGUCCUUACACUGCUGAGCCACUGGACAGUCUGAUUAAUAAUAAGAUUCAUGGUCUAGUGAUUAUACUAUAUAAGAUUAUAACAGUAACACAUGACAGCGUUCAGAUGGUGGAUGAUUUAACAUCAGUGCAGCCUCACACACUCAGGGUUUCCUAUAAACCUGUUUUGGAUUGAAGAGUAUAAAUUACUAGCAAAUGGAGGUUUUACAGAGUUAAUGUUUUCAAUAGUGGGACAGUAUUGCCCUCCUCCCUCCAUUCAUUUAUGAAUUUUCAGUUUGCCAAAUAAGAAAGUUUGUUGAGUCUUGUUGUUAAAAGGAUAAUUUUUUUGUCUUUAAUUAAGAAGAAAGGUCUUAACCCCAGAGCAAGAUGAGAUCUCUUUCAUCUGAAGUACCAUUUUUUUUUUCUGUUGUGUAAAACAUUGAAGUGCUUUAAACAUGGAAGCCUCAUCAGGUACCAGGACAAAAUAUUUGAUCUGAGGUUAUUUCUGAUAUUAAAGUGCCUUAACUGUC